ACGCUAUCAACGGUCUGGCCAUCACUACAGAACAUCAUGCUCACGGAACUGGAGCGAUGCCGAUUGCAUGCUGAGAAAGAAGCUCGGGGCUGAAGCGAACUUGAGAAGCGCGACCCUCAGCGGAUGCUUUCCAGCGCUUGCACUCUGGGCAAUCACCGGUCGCUAAAGCGGCUUCUCGAGGACGGGGUCGAUGUCACCACCGCAGAUGAGUAUGGGGACACCUUGCUUCAUCCAGCUACCGAAUAUGGCCAUGACAGGGUAGGGAGCUGCUUCUCAGCACAGACAGGCUUGAUUUGAACGUUAAGAAUAAGGCUGGGUGGACACCGCUUCAUCGGACUUCAAUGGGCGGUCAUGUUGAGGUGCUGUUCCUUCGUACAGACGGGGUUGAUUUGGACGCUAAGACUCGGCAAGGGCAAGCAGUGCUCGACAUCGCUUCGCAGCAAGGACAUGAUAAGGUGGUGAAGCAGCUU